CAAGCUAUUACUUUGAAGGAAGUUAUGAAAGAAAACAACAAAUCAUUAAAUAAAUUAGAUUUUCGCCGAUGUAAUAAUUUAUGUUUUUAUGCGUGUAUUGUUUUGACAGUAAAAUAGAUAAUUAUGUUAUUUCGUGUUGCGUAUUUUUAAAGUCAAGGAUAGAAUGUGGUACAUGUGUAUGGCUUCCUACUUCUGAUAUGAAUGAGAACAGUUGCUGAUAAUUUCAAGCAUAAAAUAUGAGAAAUGUUGAAUUUUUGGAAAAAAUCUGGCCAGAAGGAAGGAAGAGACAAGCCGUCACCUCGCAGUUCGCCGGCCAAGUCCCCUAAACACAGCCCCAGCUCUGUGAUAUCAAAUGGCGAUGUGAACGUGACUGAAGAGGGGUUUGGCCUGUAUAUUUCCAGCCCUCUGGCAGGCAUAAAUGAGGACGAACUAGAUGGUGACGGGGAGUCUGUGAACCAGCGGAGACCCCGCACCAGGUCCCGCCUGUCCAAGACGCUGGGGGAGGUGCUGGCGGACAAGGGGGCCCUCGGCUACUUCAUCCAGUUCCUGCAAGCCUGCGAGGUGCCCGGCCUGGUCAGAUUCUGGCUGGACGCCGAGAGCUUCCGCCUGGCGGCCCGGUCGACGUCCGGCGGCCAGGCGGCGGCAUGCCUCUCCAGGGUCGCCCGCGGGAGCUUGGACGAGCACUCCUGCGAGUGCGGACAUUCCGUCGGUGCUGCCCCGCGGGGCUCGCCCGCGAGGCAGGGUGGAGACUGUGGCGAGGACCAGGGACCGUCUGUGCCAGGGUCCUCGCCCUGUAGCAGUGCUGUGAUAAAGAUAAGCGUUGAGAACUUUGUAUCGUCGAAGUGUCCGCACGGUGCGUCCGGCGAAGCGAAGCUGGAGCGAGACGUUGCGGACGGCGCUGCACGCAGUCCAGGUCUUCCAGACGCAGGAUGCUCACCUCCGGAGCCGGCGGUGUCGAGCGGGGACGACGGGGUGCCGAACGGGCGCCACGACGAGGGCGGGGGGCUGCCCGAGUUCAGGUGCGAUCCCUGCGGUGGGGCGUGCUUCUCCGUGAACGACGCUGUGAGGAUCUACAGGAAGUACGUCCGUGCGAGCGCAGCUCUGCGCGUGCCACUGUCAGACGAGGUGCGCGGCAGGCUGAUCGCCAGCGUCUGCCGGGAGGACGCCCCGCUGGACCCCGAGUGCUUCACGGAGGCUCAGGAAGAGGUCUUCAGCCUCAUGGAACGAGAGUACUUCGACGACUUCCUGGGCAGCGAGUUCCACUGCAAGCACCAGCUGGACCUGCUGACGAGCGGCGAGGUCUCGCUGGCCGACGUGCUCUACAACGACACGGCCCUCUUCUACUUCAUGGAGUUCGUGGAGCAGGAGGGGCAGCGAGGCCUGCUGGAGUUCUGGCUGGCGGCCGUCAACUUCCAGCAGCAGCUGCUGGAGAAGGGCAGCGCGUACGACCCGCUGGAGGCCCAGAGUGACGCCAUGAUCCUCUACGACAAGUACUUCUCGCUGCAAGCGACGUGCCCCUUGGGGUUCAGCGCUGGGACACGGGUGGCCGUGGAGCACAGCAUCUGCCGAGAGGGCGGGCCCCUCCCCGACUGCUUCCAGCGGCCCGUCUCCGUCGUCAUGCACGUGCUGGACAAGAGUUACUUGCAGCCCUUCCUGACAUCACAGCUGUAUUUCAGGUACCUGUCAGAGCUGAUCAACACCAUCCAGGCUAACCCUCCGCUCUUGUCCCACCGCAGGAAGACAGGGUCGGAGUGCAGCAGCGAGCUGAGCAUCUCCACCCAGAACACGCUGCUGGCGACGGAGGACACGGCGCCCGCUCGCAGGCACCUGCACAGCCUGCGCGGGGGCGACAUGAGGAUAGACGCCCGCCAGCUGUACGACCCCGACUCCCUCUGGCGGCGGCGGCAGCACAGCGGCCUGAGUUUUGGUCGCAUCAAUGAGAUCGGGAGGUUCGAGACUGAUUUUGAACCCGAGCCGGGCAAGAAAGGAGAGAAUCGCAUCACCAAAGUUAUGAAGAAGCUGGUUCACAUGGAAGAGGAUAAGGCGAAGGAGGAACUGGCGUGGCAGAUAGCGGAGAAGAUCGUCAAGGACAUCACGAGCCUGACGCUGGGUGCUCAGGAUCCGUUCCACUCCUGAUCCUUCGCUGCUAUGUGCGUGGUGGAACAAGUGUCUAGUCAAGCCUGAGGGUUGCAUUUCAACGUUACGUCUACGUCUACGUCUACGUCUACGUCUGCGUCACAUGCUCUCUGAACCAAGUUUUACACGGCGGUGCUGUAGCAACUCUGCAAGUUUUAUAUUGCAGAAACAUUGUGUAAAUCUAAGAUUGUCAUUGUACCUGCAAACACAAUUGAAUUCUUUGCAGGAAUAUCUGUUAGUGUUUGUUUUAUUAAAUCAUUGGUAAUGUUCAAAGUCUAGUUAGCUGUGGUUGCAUGUAGUUCAAAGCGAGUCCGGAACACAGCGUUGUCUUUGUGGCCAUGAAGUUGUACCUGUGCGGAGUGACACUUCCAAGUUCAAACCUUUUGCGUGCUGUGUCUUUAAACUAUGUGAACAGGCCUAAUAUACUUACUGUAUAAUCUUGUUUGACCACAGUUGCAGGUUGUUGCUAAUUUACUAGGCCAGUUCUAGUUAUACACUUCUACUUAAUAUUUUUUUUGUAUGAGGGACAAGUUGUUUGAAUGUCAGGUUACGCUUGAAUUACAAAAUGUAAGGUUCUGGUAGUUUUUAAUUUCUGGCUUAUCAUUAUCAUAUAUAUUAUAUCAAGUAUUGAGCUACGAAAUAGCUAAAUUUAAUUUAUUUUAAACUUGGUGGUACCUCAAAUAACUCAGUUUGCAGUGACUAUCGAGCCCAUUUGAAGCAAUGUCAUACAUAGCUUAGCUAUCAAACAAACUGUCUUGUUUCUAUAAUGGUUGGGUGCUGUGUUACUCCGUUAGGAAUAGGAAUUUGAUUGGUUUUAUAAAGUACACACACACAUAAAAUGAAACUGAAUUUCUUUGUGCACAGACACUUACUAAUUUCCAGGUACAUAAUAUUUUGCACUGAUUAAGACUAGUUGUGUGACGAUGAACAUAUUUAACUCUCUUACUUUUUUUAAGCAACAUUGCCCUAGAUUACAGAUUUUGUGCAUAGUAUAUUGCCUUUCAGUUUGGUUUAAAUUGCCAUCGACACGUUGCGUUACAAGCUACAAGGGAUGUUCAGUCAAGACGACGGCUGAUGUGUUGAAGGCCCAGGUAUUGCAGGCAGCCUGCCGAGUGGAUGAAGACUGAACUAGCAGGGGGCAGUGUCUUGGGAGGACGCACCACCGGGAAGCAAAGUACCGAGCGCUAGUUGGUGGUGCUGAAAGUUUAACAGUGAAGUUUGUAAAGGAUGUUCACAGUUUAAGGGAAAGUUUGCUAACCGUACUGUAGUAACAAAGUUGAAUCAAUAUAAACUCUUUGAAGGUGUAAGAAUACAGCUUUUUAAUAUUUUGCUAAUUAGUUAAAAUAAUUUCAAUCCCGAGAACCCGAGCUGAAAUCAAACAAGUGAUGUUGCAAACUGGGACUGAAUGAGAACAAGAGAAGAAUUUUUCUUCUUCUGCCAUUGUCUUUCAACUAAUUUUGUUAUUGCAUGUUGUCGUAACUCCUGAGAUGGAGUCUAUGGUUUCCACACUCGUUUACAUUCUCAUCCUUGUCUUAUUGUUUGCUUUUGUUCCUUUUUUAUAGUUUUAAUGUUUGAGGAGAGAAAAUAACAAUGUCUCAUUGAGGUACAGAAUAUGUGUAUGUAUUGUAACACUAGUACGGACAAUAAAAGAGGCAGGUCAUGUAAGAUUUAAAAAAAAAAACACAAAAACCAAACAAAGAAGUUUUCAAAUGUCCCGCCACAAUGAAGAAGUUGAAGGUACAUACUUAAUAUUUUUAUUUGUGUCUUAUGGUCUGUGCUAGUGUUAUUUUACAUAUUUUUGAUUUGUACUUUAUACAGUAUAUAGUUUUGUUAUGUUUUAAUUAGUAUUUUACUGAGAAUUUCAGAUUUAUUAUGUUGCAUUUACUAUUACAUACGUAUGUAUUGAUUGGCAGAUUUAGUUAUUGUUGUACACAAUACAAAAUGCUUGUAUAAUAUUAUAAAAUUUAAUAUCUAUAUUUAUCUGCAAUUUUAUUAUGUUUGUGGAGUCAUUGUACUAUAUAUUUAGAAUAAAUAAAAAUAAUUUACUUUUGUUAGAUGACAAACUGUUUAUUAAUCAUAUUUUAUGCUUAGAGGCAGUUUCAAGUUCUGUGUGCACUGUAAUCCUUAUUGAGACUUUUCAGAAAGGCAUUUGUAAGUGAAGGUUCCAUAAUUAUAAACUUAUAAUUGACUUUAAAAGCUAUCAGGUUUUGGUUCUUAUAUGCAUGUGUUGAUCUGAACAUCAUGUAACAACACACUGUGUGGUGAGGUAUUGAAUCACAUGCCAGUAUAUAAUUAUGCUGUUUAAUUCCUUUGCAACGUAUCAAAAUAAAAUAGUUUUAGAUAAAUUUGUGUUCAAAACAGAAUAACAUGUAUCUAAUAGCAACAAAGUACACCUAUUCCUCACUUAGCACGAUUAAUUUGUUCCUAAAAAUGCUCGUGUUAUUCAAAAUCGCGUAUUCUGAAGCAUUAGUUUCCAUAAAUAGCAAGGCUAAUUCAUUUAAUGUGUUCCAAAAUUAUGUAGGAAAAUACACUUUAUGUAAUAUAUUGCUUUGAAUAACACUAUGUAUGUCACACCAUUAUGUGCCUCCCAUCGCACUUUGUAUGACAAAUACUACACCGCGUAACGGGAGAUACGUUUUUAUGUACUUUAUUGACAGUCGGCUGGCUGACUUGCACGCCCGGGCGUGACCUUCAACUCACAUUGCGUACCUUUCCAAACCAUCCUUUACUGACAGUGAAACCGAUAUUACUGUCCGGAUAAUUACAUUUAAAUUUUUAAAAAUUAAAGUGCUUAUUCGCGUAUCACCACCUGGUUCACACCAAUCCUGUCAGGCCAAUGAUUAUUUUUUUUCAUUGCAACAUUCAUUUAACAACCUUUUCCACGUGAAUCAUCUGUUCAUUUCUGUUCCGGUAUCUAAUGUCUAGGGCCUGGAAAAUUUCGGUGUUUUCAGUAUGCAAAAAGCGGUACUUUCAAAUUAGAAAAGCGGUGGUUUAAAGUCGGUAUUUUCGUUAUGCAAUGAAAAUUUUACCGGUAUUUUAAAUGUUGACUAAAUUGUGCAGUUAUUGAAUAUAAUAGUUUACAUAUUUAAUAAACAAUCCAUGUAUACUAGGAAUAGACUAAUAUGCAUAAUAACAGCCAAUUAAAUCCAAAACAGUUACACAAAACAGACACGUUGCUAUAGAUGUUUGCAACUACAAUCAUUUUUUUUCGGCUGCCGAUGCCACAUGCUUAGCCCAAUUUAGAUGUUUGUCAAUGGAACUUUUUGGGUUAAAUGAUACUUUAACCAUACGUGAGUAUAAGUGAUCUGCAAAUACGUAGAAUCCCGCUGAUGCGACCCCUCACGGUUCCCGGAAAAACGGACUUAUAAACAGAAUGGUCGCAAUAGAGAAUUCGGGCCAAUUCCCCCCCCCCCCCCCUCCCCCCCCAAAUAUAUCCAAAUACAUUAAAAAAUCGCCUUUGUUCGCAUAGAUUUCAUAUUCAAAUAGUCUAUGGAGUAAAAAAGACAACUUUUUAAAAUUCAUUUUACACCUCGGACUCGCAUACCCUGAACAAUGGGGUCCGAUAAAUACUCGCGCUAAGUGAAUUCGCGUCACGCGAGUUAGGCUAUGCUAGCCAGCUGGUGGUUAUUUUCGUUCAAAACGUGACGAAGGAACUUGUGUGGAUCAGGUAGAAAACAUUCGGCUAUAAACGAAAGAUAUAAGAACAAUGCUAUCCUGAAAUGCUGUGACAUGUUUUUGGAGUAGAUAAUCACAGCAACAGACCGACAGGAUGCGCUCCCGCCCUUGUCGUCAGCGAUGUUUAUUUUGACAGCUCAAGCAAUUAUCUUGUCCACGUCCCUUCAUAGCGUGAAAAAAAAAGAUAAAAACACGUUGGAAUGCAGAUGGAAAAGUAACUAUGCAGUAAAAUAAAUAUAUUUACGGCCCUGCUAAAUUUUUCUAUUCAAUAAAAUUCGAGGUAAUAGUGAUUUUUCAGCAGAAACUGCUGUGUGACUAAUAAACAAAUUGUUUCAUAAUAACUUAAACUUAUAAAGUAUUUAUUAACGGCGAAGGACAGUCGUAUAAGCCCAUACAAAUAUUUAUUUUACCGAGAAUGGACUAUACAACCUGGCUUUUGGCGCACGCAGUGUGGGAGGGGAGGAGGAUGCUGACAGUUUCUCACGCAGAAGGUUGAAAUUAGUGAUGGGUCGUUCGUUAACGAUUCGUUCAAAAAGAACGAAUCUUUGAGAGAACGAAAUCUUGCGAUUCGUUCGCGAUGUAAAGAACUGGCUCUUUGAGAGCCGGUACCUUGAAAGAUUCGGAAGAACGAAAACGCGGAGAGAACGAGAGAACGAGAGAACGAGAUGAGAGAACCAGCCACGCGCCCGGUCUGAUUCGUUCGUAAAAUGAUUCAUGACGUCAGGAGUCUGAAGAAUUAGUAAUCACAGCGUGCGCAUGUUCACAAGAGCAAACGAUAACUGAUGAAAUAAAAUAGGGUAACAUGAAAAGUAUCUAUACCUGAAAAUGUCAACUGUUAAGUAGUGGUUUAAAAUUGCUUUUUCACAUUCACAUACACAAAUUUGGAAAUAAAAAACUAAAAAAACAAAAAAAAAACGUAUGAAUUAAAAAAUAACAGGGAAAGUAACUACAAAUGUUCACACUUACCAUUUUUGGGUUAAUUAAUGUACUUCAUUUGUUUCUCUUCAUACUGAAUUGCAGUAGUAUUAAAUUUUUGUCUUUUUUCUCUAAAUGUGUUGGUCUACAUGUAAACACUUUACUGUCACUAGAGUGUAAAUAGCAUAUAUAUUAAUAUUUGUAACUUAAAAAGUAAUAAAAUAUAAAUAAUCUUGUUUCAUAUACGCAACUGUGAUUCACUGGCUACGGAAAGCAAUGUUCAAAUUCAAAUACAAAAACACGAACGUAAUACUCUAAAGGAUGAACGAGUUACGACACCUGAUAAAAGAGCCAGAUCCCAUACACAGAAAAUAACGAAUUGACCGAGAUGAACGAAUCGUUCUGAACGAAUCAUCUCACGGUACUGAUCCAAAAGAACCGAUUCGGUCAAAAGAUCCGUUCUGCCCAUCACUAGUUGAAAUAAGGAAGGGAAUGUGUUGAAAUGUUAGAUGGAAAAGGGGGGGGGGGGGGGUGUUUUUACAUGGUUUGUGACUCUGGGAGGGAUGAGCCUUGAAGAAUUAGCAGGGGAUGGGAGAGGUAAGCGUCACGUCACGUCACGUAUGACGUCAAACCGCCGCUACCGCCAGCCUGGCCCGACGAGUUUCUUACGCUCUCGCAGAAGCUACCUCAGCGGCUUUUCGUGCGGGCGGGUAAGAUAACAUGACCGCUGAGAUGGCUUUUCGUGCGAUAGUGGACGCGCCGAGCUCGGCUAGACACUGCCGCGUGGACAGUUGAACACAGUGCCCAACAAAGUGUAACAGACUUGUUUUUCAGCCGAUUUUACUCAAAUUUACGACUUUCUCUGCUCAAAUUUUUCACGUUUUCUCAAAAAACGGUCGUAUAAACGGAAUGGACGCAUCAGAGGGGGGUCGCAUCGGCGGGAUUCUACUGUAAUGAUACUUUUCGGGGAUAUAUUCGCAGUGUAAUAUAGAAAUGUUGUGGUUUUCGCAAAUGUACUUACUUUUCGCGUUUUCAUGCGAAAUUCGCGCUAAUUUUCGCAAAAUUCGCGAUCGCGAAAAAUUCCAGGCCCUACUAAUGUCAAAUAUAUUCCCGCUAGUACAACCAACAGCAUCAGACUUAUAUAAACCUUUGGUAAGAGUCCUUAUUUCGUAUGAUUGUGCGCACAGUUGACUUGCUUAGAACUAAUGUGCGUCAUAACAUAAGCGUGGCCUUCAUGACAAUCUGCACGCCGUAAUACUUCUAGUUUUGUCUCAAAUACUUGAACACGAUGCAUUAUGACAUUAUGAGUGAUCAAGCACGCACAGUUACCGGCAGCUGAAUGGACCACUGGCUAAACUGAGUUCACUGCCCGGUUUGUGGCCAGGCGACAAUGGUACGGCACGGCGGCAUUCGGGUGGACGUAAAAACAUUUGGUCCUUUACACUCCAUGGCCACAAUUUAACUUGCCAAACUGAUAUUUUUACAACAGCCGAUAGCAUAGACAGACCUGCGCCCGCAUCUCUUCCCCCCUUUGUUUGGCUAACUGUAUCCCACGACACUUGUGUUGUUUACGGAAGUUGAAACAGACUUCGUGGCGUCGUGCUCCAUUUUUUUUUUUUUUUUUUUUUUGCCUGCCGAGAUUUCGUGCUAACUGAAAUUUACAGACUUGCUAUUCAAGACUGGGGCAAUAAAAUUCACAUUGCACUAAAUGAAUCAGCACAAUCUGAAGACAUGCUAAGUGAGGGAUAGGUGUACCUCCAACUUUUUAUUACCCACUUAAAGCUUAAUUUUGGAUUGUGUCAUCUGAAUAAUGUUAGACUGGAAAUGAAAUAAAACUGAAGAUUACUUCACACA